CUCCACUUCCGGUAAAAUAGGACGUGACGCAAAGCUAGAAAAUGGCAUCCACAAAGCCUACGGAUCGAUUUGGUUUGCUAGCCGUCUGCUGUUGAGCCCAACCGGGGCUCUGGGGCUCUGGCUGAGGGCUGACACCAUGGAGGUGGGUCGCUGCAGUAAUCUCUCAUUCCGGAGCUAACGGCAUCGCUCCAUGUCCGAAGCGAGGAAAGCUCGUGUGGAUUCUCAGCGCGGAGGCUGGAAACAAGAACACAGGAAAUGCCAGCAACCGCUUUGAGUCAAGACAUCAGAAGCUGUCAUUGACACUGACUGAGGGUCUUUGUUCGCAUCAGCUGGACACAGUGGGGCACUGUCCUCUGAUUGGCUGGGACAACUCCAUCUGACAUGCCUGUGGCCAAUCAGAGGUGUGCUAUGUCGGGGGUGGAUGUGGAGGUGUAUCUAUCCCAGGUGCAUGAUGGGAGCGUGUCGUCGGGCUUCCGGGCGCUGUACGAGGAGCGCCUGCUCCUGGACGUCACGCUGAUGAUCGACGAGCAUCAGUUCCAGGCCCACAAAGCGCUCUUGGCCACUCAGAGUGACUACUUUCGAGUCAUGUUCACAGCGGACAUGAGGGAGCGGGACCAGGAAAAGAUCCACUUGAAGGGGUUGACGGCAGCGGGCUUCGGGCACAUCCUUCGCUUCAUGUACUACGGCUCGCUGGAGCUCAGCAUGCCCACCGUGCAGGAGAUCCUUCAGGCGGCGAUGUACGUGCAGCUGACGGAGGCGGUAGAGUUCUGCUGCUCCUUCCUGCUGGCCAAGAUCUGCCUGGAGAACUGUGCCGAGGUCAUGCGGCUCUUGGAGGACUUCAGCGUGGGAGUGGAAGGCGUCCAGGAGCAACUGGACAACUUCCUCCUGGAGAACUUUGUCCCGCUCAUGAGCCGAGCCGACUUCCUGUCCUACCUCAGCUUGGAGAGAUUACAGGCCUACCUGAACAGCGACACCCUGAGUCGCUACCCGGAAAUUGAGCUGUACGAGGCGGUGCAGUCGUGGCUGCGACAUGACCGGCGGCGCUGGAGACACACAGACACCAUCAUCCAGUCGGUUCGCUUCUGCCUCAUGACGCCCGCAAACAUCUUUGAGAAGGUGAAGACGUCGGAGUUCUACCGUUACUCAAGGCAGCUGCGGCAGGAGGUGGAGCAGGCCCUGGCCUACUUCCACGACGUCAACCAGCAGCCUCUGGCGGAGACACGCGCCAAUCGCAUCCGCUCGCAGCGGCCGCAGACAGCCGUCUUCCGGGGCAUGAUCGGCCACAGCAUGGUGAACAGCAAAAUCCUGCUGCUGCAGCGCCCCAAGGUGUGGUGGGAGCUGGAGGGGCCCCAGGUGCCGCUGAGACCCGACUGCCUGGCCAUCGUGAACAACUUCGCCUUCCUGCUGGGAGGGGAGGAGCUUGGGCCCGACGGCGAGUUUCACGCGUCGUCCAAAGUGUACCGCUACGAUCCCCGGCAGAACUCUUGGCUGCGCAUGGCGGACAUGUCGGUGCCUAGGUCAGAGUUCGCCGUCGGCGUCAUCGGAAAGUUCAUCUACGCGGUGGCAGGGCGCACGCGGGACGAGACCUUCUACUCCACAGAGCGCUAUGACAUCACCGAGGACCGCUGGGAGUUUGUGGACCCGUACCCUGUCAACAAGUACGGACACGAAGGGACCGUCCUGGGCGGGAAGCUCUACAUCACGGGCGGCAUCACGUCCUCGUCCACCUCCAAGCAGGUGUGCGUCUUCGAUCCAGGCCGGGAAGCUUCGGCGGGAGGAGGAGCGACGGCGGAAGGAGGGGGUUCGAGCGGGUCGGACUCUCUCCGGACGCGCGGGGGCCGCGGCGCGCCUCUGCCGGGGUCCCAUGCCGGCUGCUGGGAGAACAAAUCCAAAAUGAAUUACGCCCGCUGCUUCCACAAGAUGAUCUCCCACAAUGGCAAGCUGUACGUGUUCGGCGGCGUGUGCGUCAUCCUGCGCGCCUCCUUUGAGUCGCAGGGCUGCCCGUCCACCGAGGUCUACGACCCGGAGGCUGACGAAUGGACCAUCCUGGCGUCCAUGCCCAUCGGCCGCAGCGGCCACGGGGUGGCCGUGCUGGAGCGCCAGAUUAUGGUGCUGGGCGGCCUGUGCUACAACGGACACUACAGCGACUCUAUUCUCACCUUUGACCCCGGCGACAACAAGUGGAAGGAGGACGAGUAUCCCCGGAUGCCUUGCAAACUGGACGGGCUGCAGGUGUGCACCCUGCACUUCCCAGAGUACGUGCUGGAGCACGUCAGACGCUGCAGCUGAGGUCUGCUACGCACUGGACACACUUUUUCCCUUUUUUACACACGGGGGAAGCAUUUAUUCCGUAUCCUACUCGUACGCUGAAUUGUCCACAUACUCAAAUGAGUCUUACGAGGUCCCCCCCCCCCACACUGCCUUCCACUUUGAUUGUAUGACAUUUCUGCGCAUGACUCAAGGCUAAGCUUAGUGGUCUUCUUGGCACACAUUAUACGGAAAACCAUUUGAGCAUUGAUUCGAUACCCUUAAUAUCCCUCAUCAAUAAGACAAUUCACACUUUAUCUGAACGCAUCUUUGGCAUACCAAUAGGACAACAACAUUUUACUAGUGAGAUAAAACUAUGUACUAGUUGUAUCAACUAGUUCAACUUGGGGGCAGACAAAAAUGUCAUAUUGUAGUGGAAGGAAGGGAGAGGAAAAAAAAACAUCACGAAUAAGACAGCCUGUUCUAUUACUGUGCUGAAUUGUUUUCCUCGUGAGGACAAAGCGUGUCCUAGCACACGGACACCUGAGUGUCGUUGAGGUUCCAAACACUUUCACACUUUGCUUUCUUAGAAGAUGUCGGGGGGUGGGGGACGGUUUGGAUUGUACCUGUUUGGGCGGUUUCUCGCUUUCCCGUUCAACGCACUGGAAGCUCAACUUCCAAAGUCAGCAGCAGUGAAAUGAAAUUAUUCAUGUUCUCGUAGAAAUGUUAUAUAGAAUGAAUAAUCAAUAACCUGACGCACUGAAUGAGGUUUGAACUCGUGCAGCUACUGUUUUACUCUCGAGGGCACACACACACACACACACACACAAAUUGAAUUAAAUUAGCAUUUGCUGAAGUUGAGUUAACUUUCAUAAGAAAAUGGUUUUUGGGCUUCUAGUGCAUCCCUUUGUCGGGUCAUGACACUCGGUACACGCACACUCUGUUCUGCUUGGUUUGUACUGUAGAAUUCUCACCCAAUCAGCACUCAACGUUUGUCGUAUUUAGGUGACCGCCCGGGUUUGGUUCUGUCUGUUCAUGUUCUUGUGCAAAGGGCUCAGAACAUACUGAUGCAGUGUUUUAAUGUUAUUUAUUUAGCAAGCUAUGCAGUCAUGUGUUGCUUUAUUUAUUAUUGAGACAUAAAGUCAUCUUUUAUUUUUGGGGGGACUGCGCAAGACUGAAAAAUAUAGUUGCCAAGAUGCCUCCUUUUUUUUAAAUUAUUUUUCAUUUCUGUUAAUGCUACCAAAUUCAAUUUCACAGAUUCCAAACUGCCUGGAGUAAAGUUGUUACCAUGGCAACAUCUGCGGAACCUGCGUGUUGCUGUGUGCUCGAACAGCAUGUUUCACUUCAAUUUUUUAAAUCGACACAUUCCACGCAAUGUCAGCUCAUAUUUUCCCUCACUUGGUGGGGGUUAUCGGUUCCACUUCAUUUCUCGCAUGUUCACCUUGUAACUACUGUUAUUUUAACUAUGCACUUUUUUUUUUUAAACGGGUCUUUUUUUUUUUCUUGGCACAUCAUUUGUUUUUGUUUUUUUUUGUUUUUUAAACGGCCACAGAAGUGUCAAACCGAUUGCCUGAGGAAUGUGUGCAAGUGGAUCUUUUUAAGGUUCAUGUGUGCGUUUACUUACUCCCAUAUUGCUGUCAAAGAAGAAAUGUGAUGAAAAAGUGUUACCUUGCCAACUCGCAGCAUCCUUUAGUCCGUCAGUAAGCAAACAGAGUAGAAGAUAAACGUAUAUCCACAUACAGUAUAUAUACUGUAUAUACAUACAUAUAUAUAUAUAUACACAGUAAUACUUUAACGAUUAGUUAAUAAUCGAUUGGUCUUUUUUUUCCAACUAAUCGAUGAAUCGGAUUGAUAAUUUGUGAUUAAUCAAUCAAUUGUUGCAUCCCUUAACAGUACCUUGCUAGCGCUGAAUUAGAAAGAGGGCAGGAUCAAAUGAACAUGUUAUCUGGGUAAAUCUUCUUUGGAAAUGUUUGUAACUUCUUCCCAGAAAUAAAUGUUCAUAUUGGA